UUUCCCCCUCACUUCCUCUUAUAUGUAAUUUUGUAUAACAAUGAGGGUCUCCUUCCAUUUCCAUGCAAUUUCCCUUCUCUCUCCCUUUCCCUCCCACCUCUCGUCCCUGUUUAAUGUUAAUCUUCUUCUCAUGCUCUUCCUCCCUGCUCUGUUGUUAGUUUCUCUCCUUAUAUCAAAGAAGACAUUUGGCAUUUGUUUUUUAGGGAUUGGUUAGCUUCACUUAGCAUAAUCUGCUCUAAUGCCAUCCAUUUCCCUGCAAAUUCCAUGAUUUUGUCAUUUUUUAGUGCAGAGUAAUACUCCAUUGUGUAUAAAUGCCACAUUUUUUUUUAGGUUGGGGUGCACUGAAACCUAGAGGUGAUUUUUUUUCUUCAAGUUCCUUGUGAAGUCUUCCUUGGCCACCCUGCUUAUGAUUUCUCCUAACUCCUAGGACUCCUAUGGACCACAGAACUCAUUAGUUGUCCAACUAACUAACUGUAAGAGGCAGCAAGUGCCUGGCUGUCUUCUUACAGGAUUUCUGUUCUGUCCUAAUUUCUUUGUAACCUCCUCUGGCUUAGAGACUUAGUUUUAUACCUUUCUAUCCCACAGGAUGCUGUGCACUGAGUUGAUACUUAAUAUGUAUUUGUUUUGUGAGGCUCUUCUUUCAGAUGUCAGCAGGAGGAAUUUGAAAGUGAUGUACAGGAAAGAAGUGAGAGGAUUUGGUGAUAGAUUAGAUAUAAGGAAUGGUGUUGAGGUUUCAGUUUGUGAUCCUGGAAGGAUAAUGGUGUUAUGGACAAAAAAAGGAAAGUUAGGAAGAGAAGCUGAUUUAGGAAGAGACUGAAUCAAUUUAGUUUGAAUUUAUUGAAUUUUCUUUGCUAGUAGGAUGUCCACAUGAAGUUGCCCAGAAUAUUAUGGAUGCAUCAGAAUACAAACAGAAUUGGAGCUACUUGUGACUGCUGCCUGAAGUCAUGUAAUCUUCUCAAGAGCAGGGAUAGCCCCUUCCUCAUGUUUCUAGUGCCUAGGAAAGGAGCUGGCAAAUAACGGGUGCUUGUUGUUGGUAGUUGAUAGGCUUAUUGAGAUGAGAGGUGAGGUUAUUGAGAUGAGGCUGGCAUGUAGCUAUGAAGCUUAACAUGAAAAGAAUACAGGCUUUGAAAAAAGUUCCUUGUGGGUUUGACUUCUAGCCCCACCAUGCUCUAUGUGUGGUCUCUGUUGAGCCAGUGACUCCUCUGAAUCGCCUGUCCUCAUCCUCGAAAUGGAGUGAUAAGACCACUCCUACAUGGAUAUGUGGGCCAAUUGUAAUUGUUUGGGGUGUUUUGAUGAUUUAUUUAUAAUAUGAUAUAGUUAGUGGUCCAUCUGUAUAUUAUCUUCCAUAUCAGUCAGUUCUGACAAUGCAUUCAGCACUCUGAGAGUAAUUAAGUUAAACACUGGGAACACUGGGCUCAGUACAUCCAUUACUAUCAUAAUGUACAUUAGUUGGUAAUACUACCUUUUAUAUUAACAGCUAUCAAAACAGAGUCAUGAUAGCAUGGGAUUUGAUAGACAUGUUGGAUGAUUAAUAAUAGAAUUACAUAGUAUUUUCUAUUUAUAGAUUAAUCUGCUUAACUAAGAGAAUCAUCUCAUAGAAGAUGAAUGAAAAUCCUCAUAUUUUUAUGUAAUAAAAUUAGCACUAAAUUUAGAGAAGCAAUUAGAAUCUAUAUUUAGCUUCAUUUUGGGCAAAACUCUUGGUUACCUUGAUAGAUACCUCAAGUCUCUUUUCUUCAAGUCAGAAAUUAAGUUUUUAAAGCCUUCUGGUCUAGGAUCUCCUUUGCCUUUUUUCUCUGAAUAUAAAUCCUAAAUCCAUGUCUUUUGAAAGGGUUUUCUAACUUCUUAUAUCUCUUCUGGAUCUGUUUCUUUGGAGCCUUUGGGUCCUCCAGAACUGUAUGCUUUGCCUUACUUUUUGCAUCUGAGCAGAUGUCGUGGCACUAAGACCCAGAAACCGUUUCGCUGUGUGGCUGGAGCUGGGCAGGCUGUGCUUGCACUGAAGGGAAGGAAGUCAUUAGUGCAGACUGAGCUGUGGAGUUGGGUUCUUGCAGGAUUUCCUUCCAGCCUUUCCCUACUAAGGUUCUUGGGAAUUAAAAAAAAAAAAAUCUAAACACACAAACCAAGUUUUCCUAUUUACAGUGUUCAGGGAAGGUAGGCAUUCCGGGAAGGGCAGCUCCUUUUCCCAAGUUAUCCAAGAAGGAAAAGAAAACAGCAUAAAAGAAGCUCUGAUUACAGAUCUUUGGAAUUUUCUUUGCUAAAUUUUACAAACGAGAAAUACACCCAGAAUUUUGGGAAUUGCUCCAGGCUGCUCGUGAGGGUUUGAUUGCUUGUCUAAUCUUUUUUGAGAAGAGAAGAAUUCGCCAAAGGGGUUUGGAUGGCAGGAGCCCGGCUGGGUUUCUGCAGCAGCUCGCGUUCUCAGUCUCUUCUCUGAGAGAGGGUCUCUGUAGCCAGCUCCGAGACCCCCUGCCGCAGGCUCCUUUUGCAAGCGCCAGCCGGGGAAAAUGCCCCGCUCUGGCAGGAGUACACUGGUGGCUGCUGGGACUUCCUAGCGCGGUGGGAAGUGUGUUCGUGGUUUGGGGAUACUUUUCAUUGAACUGAAGGCGAAAAGACUGGACUCUCCUGGGCUUUUUCCCUUUGCAGUGAAUAUGGGGAAGAAUUAGGGGGUGGAAGGGAGGCAGCAUGACUUGCAGUCGCCGCUGCCCUGCAUCUGCCCCCAGCCCCCAGCCAACAUCUUGAUGUUCCACGUAUCGGCUGUACAAAUAUGAUGAAAUGGCAGCCCCGGAAGAAGGCAUACUUCCGACAGGGUGUUGCCCUCCAGUACCUUGGACGUCAUGCCGAUGCCCUGGCAGCCUUCGCAUCUGGACUGGCUCAAGACCCCAAGAGCCUCCAGCUUCUGGUGGGGAUGGUAGAAGCCGCCAUGAAAUCUCCCAUGAGAGACUCCCUGGAACCCACUUACCAGCAACUUCAGAAAAUGAAACUGGACAAGAGUCCCUUUGUGGUCGUGUCUGUGGUUGGGCAGGAGCUCCUGACUGCCGGCCACCAUGGGGCCUCUGUGGUUGUCCUAGAAGCCGCUCUGAAGAUUGGCACCUGCAGCCUCAAGCUGAGGGGCUCCGUUUUCUCUGCCCUGAGCAGCGCGUACUGGUCUCUCGGGAACACAGAGAAGAGCACUGGAUACAUGCAGCAGGACUUGGACGUAGCCAAGACCUUAGGUGACCAGACAGGAGAAUGCCGGGCUCAUGGGAACCUGGGCUCUGCAUUCUUCUCCAAAGGAAACUACCGGGAGGCUCUCACCAGCCACCGGCAUCAGCUGGUGCUCGCCAUGAAACUCAAGGAUCGGGAGGCAGCUUCGUCAGCCCUGAGCAGUCUGGGCCACGUGUACACAGCCAUCGGAGACUACCCCAAUGCACUGGCCAGUCACAAACAGUGUGUUCUUCUCGCCAAGCAAUCCAAAGACGAGCUUUCCGAAGCCCGAGAACUUGGCAACAUGGGAGCUGUGUAUAUUGCCAUGGGCGACUUUGAGAACGCCGUGCAGUGCCACGAGCAGCACCUGAAGAUAGCCAAGGAGCUGGGGAACAAGCGGGAAGAGGCCCGGGCCUACAGCAACCUGGGCAGCGCCUACCAUUACCGCAGGAACUUCGACAAGGCCAUGUCCUACCACAACUACGUGCUGGAGCUGGCGCAGGAGCUGAUGGAAAAGGCCAUCGAGAUGCGGGCCUACGCAGGCCUGGGCCACGCCGCCAGGUGCAUGCAGGAUUUGGAAAGAGCGAAACAGUACCACGAGCAGCAGCUGGGCAUAGCUGAGGACCUCAAGGAUCGGGCAGCAGAGGGGCGCGCCUCUUCCAAUCUGGGAAUCAUCCACCAGAUGAAAGGCGACUACGACACUGCGCUGAAGCUGCACAAGACGCACCUGUGCAUCGCCCAGGAGCUGAGCGAUUACGCCGCCCAGGGCCGCGCCUACGGGAACAUGGGCAACGCCUACAACGCCCUGGGCCUGUACGACCAGGCGGUCAAGUACCACCGGCAGGAGCUGCAGAUCUCCAUGGAAGUGAACGACCGCGCCUCCCAGGCGUCCACGCACGGGAACCUUGCCGUGGCCUACCAGGCCCUGGGCGCCCACGACCGGGCCCUGCAGCACUAUCAGAACCACUUGAACAUCGCCCGGGAGCUGAGGGACAUCCAGAGCGAGGCCCGGGCCCUCAGCAACCUGGGGAACUUCCACUGCUCCCGGGGAGAGUAUGUCCAGGCUGCCCCCUAUUACGAACAGUACCUGCGGCUCGCUCCUGACCUCCAGGACAUGGAGGGAGAAGGGAAGGUCUGCCACAAUCUCGGCUAUGCCCAUUACUGCCUUGGCAAUUACCAGGAGGCGGUGAAGUACUACGAGCAGGAUCUGGCAUUGGCCAAAGACCUUCAUGACAAGUUGAGCCAGGCGAAAGCCUACUGCAACCUGGGCCUCGCAUUCAAGGCACUGCUGAAUUUCAGCAAAGCUGAGGAGUGUCAGAAGUACCUGUUGUCCUUAGCCCAGUCCCUGAAUAAUUCCCAGGCUAAAUUCCGGGCCCUAGGGAACCUGGGCGAUAUAUUCAUCUGUAAAAAAGAUAUAAAUGGUGCAAUAAAAUUCUACGAGCAGCAGCUGGGCUUAGCCCAUCACGUAAAGGACCGAAGACUGGAGGCCAGCGCAUAUGCAGCCUUGGGCACUGCGUACCGGAUGAUCCAGAAGUAUGACAAGGCCCUGGGCUAUCACACGCAGGAGCUCGAGGUGUACCAGGAGCUCAGCGACCUGCCAGGGGAGUGCAGAGCCCAUGGGCACCUGGCUGCGGUCUACAUGGCCCUUGGCAAGUACACGAUGGCCUUCAAGUGUUACGAGGAGCAGCUGGAUCUGGGGCAGAAGCUGAAGGACCCAAGCCUAGAGGCCCAGGUCUAUGGCAACAUGGGCAUCACGAAGAUGAACAUGAACGUGAUGGAGGAAGCCAUCGGCUACUUUGAGCAGCAGUUGGCCAUGCUGCAGCAGCUCAGUGGCAACGAGUCUGUGCUCGACAGGGGCCGCGCCUACGGCAACCUGGGGGAUUGCUACGAGGCCCUGGGUGACUACGAGGAAGCCAUCAAGUACUACGAGCAGUAUUUAUCUGUGGCCCAGAGUCUGAAUCGCAUGCAAGACCAAGCCAAGGCUUACCGGGGGCUAGGAAACGGACACAGGGCCAUGGGGAGCCUGCAGCAAGCCCUCGUGUGCUUUGAAAAGAGGCUGGUGGUGGCCCACGAGCUCGGGGAGGCCUCCAACAAAGCCCAGGCCUACGGCGAGCUGGGGAGUCUGCACAGCCAGCUGGGGAACUACGAGCAGGCCAUUUCCUGCCUCGAGCGCCAGCUCAGCAUCGCUCGGGAGAUGAAGGACCGAGCCCUGGAGAGUGACGCGGCCUGUGGCCUGGGGGGCGUCUACCAGCAGAUGGGCGAGUACGACACGGCCCUGCAGUACCACCAGCUCGAUCUGCAGAUCGCCGAGGAAACCAACAACCCCACGUGCCAGGGCCGAGCCUACGGGAACCUGGGCCUGACAUACGAGUCCCUGGGCACCUUCGAGAGGGCUGUGGUCUACCAAGAGCAGCACUUGAGCAUCGCUGCGCAGAUGAACGACCUGGUGGCCAAGACGGUGUCCUACAGUAGCCUCGGAAGGACCCACCAUGCCUUGCAGAACUACUCCCAGGCCGUCAUGUACUUACAGGAAGGUUUAAGGUUAGCUGAGCAACUGGGCCGAAGAGAAGAUGAGGCAAAAAUUCGCCAUGGUCUAGGCCUCUCCCUUUGGGCUAGUGGAAACCUGGAGGAGGCCCAACACCAGCUCUACAGGGCAUCGGCCUUGUUCGAGACCAUCCGGCACGAGGCGCAGCUGAGCACCGACUGCAGACUCUCGCUCUUCGACCUGCAGACGUCGUCCUACCAGGCCUUGCAGCGGGUGCUCGUCAGCCUUGGCCACCACGAUGAAGCCCUGGCUGUAGCAGAAAGAGGUCGGACAAGGGCAUUUGCUGAUCUUCUGGUGGAGCGACAGACAGGACAGCAGGACUCGGACCCCUACUCCCCAGUCACCAUCGACCAGAUCCUGGAGAUGGUCAACAGCCAGAGGGGACUGGUGCUCUACUACUCGCUGGCGGCCGGCUACCUGUACAGCUGGCUGCUGGCUCCAGGGGCAGGAAUUCUGAAGUUCCAUGAGCACUACCUGGGUGACAGCACCGUGGAAAACUCCAGCGACUUCCAGGCCAGCAGCAGUGCAGCGCUCCCAACGGCAGCCAGCUCGGCCCUGGAGCAGCACAUCGCCAGCGUCCGCGAGGCCCUGGGGGUGGAGUCUUACUACUCGAGGGCCUGUGCCAGCAGCGAGACGGAGAGCGAAGCUGGAGACCUCAUGGACCAGCAGUUCGAGGAGAUGAACAACAAGCUCAACUCGGUCACUGACCCCACCGGCUUCCUGCGGAUGGUCCGCCGCAAUAACCUGGUGAACAGGAGCUGCCAGAGCAUGACGAGCCUGUUCAGUAGCACCAUGUCGCCCAUCAAGGACGGGACCUCCUCUCUCCCCAGGAGGCAGAGCUCCUUCUCCAAGCCCCCGCUGCGUGCCCUCUACGACCUGCUCAUCGCGCCCAUGGAAGGGGGCCUGAUGCACUCCAGCGGCCCCGUGGGCCGGCACCGGCAGCUGGUCCUGGUCCUGGAGGGGGAGCUCUACCUCAUCCCCUUCGCCCUGCUCAAGGGCAGCUCCUCCAACGAGUACCUGUACGAGCGCUUCGCCCUCAUCGCUGUGCCCGCCAUCCGCUCGCUCGGCCCGCACACCAAGUCCCACCUGAGGAAGACCCCACCGGCAUACCCCAGCUCGGCGUCCAUGGCAGCUGUCAUCGGCAACCCCAAGCUCCCGUCGGCAGUGAUGGACAGGUGGCUGUGGGGGCCCAUGCCGUCGGCCGAGGAGGAAGCGCACAUGGUGUCUGAGCUGCUGGGCUGCCAGCCCCUGGUGGGCAGCGUGGCCACCAAGGAGCGGGUCAUGAGCGCCCUGACCCAGGCCGAGUGCGUCCACUUCGCCACCCACAUCUCAUGGAAACUGUCGGCCCUGGUCCUCACGCCCAGCGUGGACAGCAACCCUGCUGGCAGCAAGAGCUCCUUCGGCCACCCCUACACGAUCCCCGAGUCCCUACGGGUGCAGGAUGACGCCAGCGAUGGGGAGAGCAUCUCGGACUGCCCGCCCCUGCGGGAGCUGCUGCUCACGGCUGCCGACCUGCUGGACCUGCGGCUGCCCGUGAAGCUGGUGGUGCUCGGCUCUUCGCAGGAGGCCAGCGGCAGGGUCACGGCCGACGGCGUGGUGGCGCUGACGCGGGCCUUCCUGGCCGCCGGCGCUCAGUGUGUGCUGGUGGCUCUGUGGCCAGUGCCCGUGGCCGCUUCCAAGAUGUUCGUCCACGCCUUCUAUUCGUCGCUACUCAAUGGGCUCAAGGCCAGCGCCGCCCUGGGGGAGGCCAUGAAGGCCGUGCAGAGCAACAAGGCCUUCUCGCACCCCUCCAACUGGGCAGGGUUCCUGCUCAUCGGGAGCGACAUCAAGCUCAACAGCCCCUCCUCGCUCGUUGGCCAGGCCCUCACGGAGAUCCUGCAGCACCCGGAGCGCGCACGGGAUGCCCUGCGAGUGCUGCUACACCUGGUGGAGAAGUCCCUGCAGCGCAUCCAGAACGGUCAGCGCAACGCCAUGUACACCUCGCAGCAGAGCGUGGAGAACAAAGUGGGCGGUAUCCCGGGCUGGCAGGCCCUCCUCACCGCCGUGGGCUUCCGGCUGGACCCCCCGGCCAGCGGCCUCCCGGCGGCCGUCUUCUUCCCCACCUCCGACCCGGGGGACCGGCUCCAGCAAUGCAGCAGCACCCUCCAGUCCCUGCUGGGUCUGCCCAACCCCGCCCUCCAGGCCCUCUGCAAGCUCAUCACUGCCUCAGAGACCGGCGAGCAGCUCAUCAGCCGGGCUGUUAAAAAUAUGGUGGGAAUGCUCCACCAGGUGCUGGUGCAGCUCCAGGCUGGCGAGAAGGAGCAGGACUUCGCCUCAGUCCCCAUCCAGGUGUCCAUCAGCGUCCAGCUGUGGCGGCUCCCGGGAUGCCACGAGUUCCUGGCCGCACUCGGGUUCGACCUGUGUGAGGUGGGGCAGGAGGAGGUCAUCCUGAAGACCGGGAAGCAGGCCAGCCGGCGCACCGUGCACUUCGCCCUGCAGUCGCUGCUGGCUCUCUUUGAUUCCACCGAGCUCCCCAAGCGCCUCAGCCUCGACAGUUCAUCCUCCCUGGAGUCCCUGGCCUCUGCUCAAUCCGUCUCCAACGCCCUGCCCUUGGGCUGCCAGCACCCGCCCUUCUCCCCGACAGGAGCGGACAGUAUGGCCUCAGACGCCAUCUCCGUAUACAGCCUGAGCUCCAUCGCCUCCUCCAUGAGCUUCGUCUCCAGGCCGGAGUGCGGCCCGGAGGGCGGAGGCCCUAGGGGACGGCAGGAUUUCGACAAGCCCAAGAACACUUACCCGCAGCGAGCCACCACCCUGCCGCGGAGCCCGCUGUCCCCCCAGGCCCGGGCAGCGGGCAGCAAGGACGAGGAGGAGUACGAGGGCUUCUCUAUCGUCAGCACCGAGCCCCUGGCCGCCCACCCCGAGGGCAGGGAGGCGCGCUUCUCCCCGGACCCCAAGCUUGCCCGCGGGGGCGCUGCCGUGGGCGCCAAGGUGUCGGUCAGCUCCAAGGGCAGCGUGAGCACCCCCAACUCCCCGGCCAAGAUGACUCUGAUCCCCAGCCCCAACUCGCCCUUCCAGAAGGUGGGCAAGCUGGCGAGCUCCGACACGGGCGAGUCGGACCAGUCCAGCACGGAGACGGACAGCACCGUCAAGUCCCAGGAGGACGGCAGCCCCAAGCUGGACCCCCAGGAGCUGGCCCAGAAGAUUCUGGAAGAGACGCAAAGUCACCUCCUGGCGGUGGAGCGGCUCCAGAGGAGCGGCGGCCAGGGCGGCCCGGGGAGCCCCCGCGAGGACGGCGCCCCGGUGCCCCCCAGCGCCCCGGUCUUCAGAGCCUCGGAAACCAGCGCCUUCAGCAGGCCCGUCCUCUCCCACCAGAAGAGCCAGCCGUCGCCCAUCGCCACCAAACCAAAGCCCCCAGCCCGGAGCUCGUCCCUGCCCAAGGUGAGCUCAGGGUACAGCAGCCCCGCGUCCCCGAGCCAGCACAGCGGCCGCCCGUCCCCCUGCGACUCCCAGGCCUCCCUGUCGGACCAGCCGCUCUUCAAACUCAAGUACCCCAGCUCCCCCUACAGCGCCCACAUCUCCAGGUCGCCGCGGACCCUGUCCCCCAGCUCGGGCCACCAGUCCCCGGCGGGCAGCGCGCCCUCGCCCGCGCUCUCCUACUCCUCCGCCGGCUCCGCGCGCUCCAGCCCCGCCGACGCCCCCGACCUGGACAAGCUGAAGCUGGCGGCCAUCGACGAGAAGGUGCAGGCCGUGCACAACCUGAAGAUGCUGUGGCAGAGCGCGCCCCAGCCCCCCGCGGGGCCCGUGAGGGUGCUGCGGGGGCCCCCGGGAACCACCACCUCCAAGAGAGACGUGCUCAGCCUGCUAAACUUGUCGCCUCGGCACAACAAGAAGGAGGAGGGGGUCGACAAGCUGGAACUGCAGGAGCUGUCGCUGCAGCCGCGGGACGAGGCGCCCUCCAGGGCCCCCCCCAACGGCCACUGGCGCCCUGAGACCACCGCGCUGGGCCCCGCAGCCCCCGCUCGCCCCCUGAGACUUCCUUCAGCAAACGGCUACAAGUUCCUGUCCCCGGGAAGGUUUUUUCCUUCUUCCAAAUGCUGAAGCUUCCCUCUUUCCGCCCACGACUCUGAGAGCAGCGGCGCCCCCGCGGGGGCCACCCGCCGGAGCGCUGUCCCCCUCAGCCGCGCAGCGCCCCCGGUGGCCGCCCUGGUAGGGCACGUCGCAAAGCCCGCCCCCCAGGCGCCCCGGGCUGGUGGCCGGGAAUGGCACUGGGGCGAGUCUCCGCACCUCACCCAUGUCCACCCCGGACCCCCUGCCACUCGUCUUUGAUGUGAUUCUUUGACAGGAUUUUGUACAAAAAUGGCCAUGAUUCUGGGGUGGAGGGGACAGGAGAGCCCGGGCAGCACCUUCUCUGCCGGGACAGUCAGAAAAUCCAAGUCGAGAUCGACAUGAAAGUGUCAUAUUAGCCAAAAACAGAAUAACGGUUUCAAAAAUGCCAAUGACGUAAACCUGUCGCAGUCCUGCGGCCGCCACCGCCACUCGCAAUAACGCCCGUCAGCGCGCUUCCGCAAGGCCCUAGGGCCCCACCUCAGCCAAACUUGAAUUUUCUUAAAAAGUUUAUGUAACUCCGACCCAGGCAUUUUAGAACUAUGCAAUUGUGAUUUAAGAUGCAACUUUGUGCUUUUAAAACAUUACUGACCUUUUUUGUACACGGAUGAACAACCUGGUUUUGUUAUCAAUAGUACUUUGCAUUUAUAGCUGUUAUUUUUAAAAGCUCAAAAAGUUUUUUAAAAUGCCAAAUUUUGAAUAGUCAUCCAUAAGCAAUUAUCAAGUUUUGGGGGAAAGGGUUGAAAAUAUUCAGUUUCCUUAUUAAGCAAAAAAGAGAAAAAAAAAAAGAGAGAAAAAGGAGGGAAGAAAACCUAACAAAACUCUGGUUCACCAGAUGGAACCAGACCCUCCUUCCAGCCCGGUUGCCUUUGAUUAGGUGCUCAUUGUCCCCCGUCUUCCCCACAGACCUCUUCAGCCUCCAUGGGCCGCCAGGUCCCAUAUCCCUGGGGCCCUGUCCCCUGUGAGCUGCCUGGCUGGAGCCAGUCCCGGGACGCAGGGCACCCGCAUCUGAACCAUUGCUAAACAGACAGGAAGUGGGGGAUCAGAGACCAGACACAGCUCCCGCAGAGACAGCAGGACCCUCGAGGCCUCUGCUAGCUGGACACAUCAAGGGAAUGGCCACCUGGGGGUGGCCUUUAAUUUAUUUUAAUAUAGAAAUGAAGUGUUGGAAAUCCUAUUAGUGCUAAAAUUAGCUGGAGAAUCUAGAAUUAUCUAAAAGAUACUUAUUUAAAGUUAAAGCCCCCCUCCCUUGCUAUGAGGGUCCACCACAGAAGGUGUGCAGCCGCCUGACCUGGGACCACAGCACGUGGAGGGGACACAUGGGGCUGCCAGAGGGACACCAGCACCAGGACCCCAGCUGCAGCCUUAGUUGUAGAGAGGGUCGCACUGCACCUGCAUGACUGGCCCCAUGCGCCCGGGGGGGGGGGGGCGGCGCGGUCAGCGUACCUUCUGAGGGGACUAAAGGAUGUCCUCCACUUGGUUACUCUCAGGAGCACAUCGUGGAGGGCUUAUGACAGCCAGGCCCAUUCAGGGAGGCUGCCCUGUCCAGCCCUGACCGACCCGGGAGAGAUCCUUCAUAAAGCAGUGGGCAGUUGUGAGAAGUCUUAUGUUCACAGGGGAAGAUGGUACUAGAAGUGCUAGUGUAGCAGGUGACAGCCAGGGGGACAGCACUGUGUGAUGGCAAAGUCAGGUCUCAGCAACGAAGAGCACACCCCAGCCAACCCCCGCCCCGCCGCCAGCUGGCCCUCCUCAGGGCGCCUCUGCAGUCUCCUGGCCAAAUGCCCUGAGCCCUUGGGCAGGGGCCUGGGUUCUGUGCCCUUGUCCCUCCACUCUGGAGAACACCUCCCCCCAGACCACUUCCUGUGGCGUCCAGCCGGUGAGUACUGGUGACCGACCUGCUUCUAGCCCUCGGUACCUGUUGUCCCUGGUCUCCUGCUGCACACAGGACCUUUCUACCUGGUCCUGAACAUCAGUUUCAGGGGGGGAAACAGAGUGGCUGGAUAGAGGCCCAGUGUCCCCACCAGAGUCCCCACGUGUACAAAUCAGCGUCAGAGUGAAUUUCCAGCUACUCUGAAAAACCUGUGUGCUUGCACCAUGGGAGACGGUGGGACAACUCGGACUUCUUGGCAGCAGCAGGGGCUGGCAGGGGACCCACGGGCUGAUUUUUUUCGGGUGUCCUAGGUGUCCUAGGCUGAGAGGAUUUUACCUCUCUCAAUCGCUCUCUAAGUACCUACAUGAUAUUCUUGAUCUUGCGUCUUGGCCCCCGAAGACUAAAUGAUCGAAUGCUGACCCGGGUUGAAAGAGAAAGUUUGCAAGUCCCGGUGUAGGCCUGUGACCCAGGAAGGAGUUUCAGGAGGGAGGACAGCCGUGGAGACCUGGGCGACGCUCCUGCACGGCCCUGGCGCUCAUCCUGGGGAGGACUCUCCGGUGUGUGGAAUCCACCGAAGCAUCCGCUUCCCCCUGCAGGCAGCCUUGACGUGCUCUUAGCUCAGGUAGGGAUGGCCCCGACCCCACCCCCUCACAUGCAAACACACUGGGGACCAGCAGGAAGACCCCUGUCUCUUAGGACCUCGGGAGGACCACAGUGACAGGUAGACGAUGCUCCCAGCUCCCCCCAGCCAACUCCUCUGGUACUUGAUGAUUGUUAACCAAGUCAAAUCACCAGGAGCAGGUCAGCUGCUAACCUUCCACGCUGGUGACACAGGUGUGCCCCAGUCGCUGUCCCCUCCUCCUCAAGUCCUCACUGAGAGAAGCCAGGCGCUGCCCCCGGGUCCUGCCCCGCUCUCCUCUGCCCCACGGACCCUCCGGUGGGUGGGUGCCAAGCAAGUCCCCUGUCCCUUCCUGCCCAGCCCCGCACCGCAGGCCCCAGGAGAACUGUACUUGGCUACUUUAGGUUCAGGUCGCAGAAACCCCAGCAAUAACCUGGUUUGCCCUUGGCGAGCAGCCAGAGGAACACUGUGUGACCUCCUCGCAGCGCAGGUGUGAUCUGAGAUGUCUGUGUGUGCUGUGUGAACUGGGCCCUCGCGCUGCCGCACCCUGGCCCUGUCCCCUGGGCGCCGCGGCCACCGACGCCCCCUCUUGGCAUUCCCGCUCCUUACAUGCAGUGUGAGCCGUCCGCGGCCUACAUGGACUUUUUUUUUUUUUUUUGUAAAUUUCACAGUUUCCAGAUAGCAUUAAACUUUUUAUAUUACAAAGUUUGCCAUGUAAAAAGAACUUCAUAUUUUUAUUGAGACUGCUAAGGCGCUUGGCCUUCUUCCUUUGUGAUUUCAGUGUCUAUUAAAGCAUGAGUUCCCUCGGUUUUAA